GACCUCAUCGGAUUUGGAUUGGCGCUGCCAGCAGGGUAUCCUCUGGAUGGUCUCUCCACAUCGGCAAGGUAAUGAGAUCUCUACUUGACAAGGUGGACAAUUCCCUGUGUGACCUAGAAUGCAACAAAUCAGCCCCUGAGAAACACAAUGCAACAUUAACAUACAAAAUGCGGUACAUGGGUGGUCGCAAUCUUGCAGGGACUUCUGACAAGGAGAGUCACAGCAUGCAUGUAGUGAUCACGUUGGGACUUCGUGGGCACUCGGUUUUGUUGGGUGAAUGGGGGUGGCAUGCCUAUCAUAGUCAAUAUAUGCUAGAAGGGAGAAUGGUUAUCGAUCUUACCUCCUCACAGCUAUGUUUCCCACAUCGGUACAUCCUUUAUUUGGCGUAUCAGAGAGAAUUGACCAGCAGAGAGCAAUCGACCCACCUUUCACAUGUUGCUUCACAGGAGAAUCUUCCCUCCCAUGUUUCUGUUCCAUCAGCACAUUCGACUACCCUGCCUUCACCACAUCCCAGGACUCUAUUUUCUCUUCCACAAUAG